AUGACGACUUUGGUCAAACUCGCCGAUCUCUACGACUGUCUAGUUGCUAGUCUGAGAGCUCUUACAGCUCGAUUCUCGUCGUAUACAACUCCAACAACCGUCAUUAUGAACUUAUCGAUACCUCGCCUCCGAGGACGCAAUGGCCAGUACCUCCCGAGUCCUCGUCUGGUGAGUCAAACUCUUCACGGAUCUGACGCUAACCGCCCCGUGCUGAACCAGAUCACCAACAUGCACCAGACAUGGGGGCAGUUCCUAGACCACGACUUGAGUCACACGCCAAAACAAGCAAAUAUACAAAACUGCUGCGACAGGUUUAACAAACACAAUCUACCGGUGUCUCAGGAGCCGUGUUUUCCAAUACCCAUUCCAGCCAAUGACCGACACUUCAAGACAAAGACCUGCAUGGAAGUGUGCACGUUUGAUGAUGACGUUUGUCCGAAUUCCAGAGUUAUAUUAUUUUUGUUUUGUUCUAUAUUAAAAGCGGUAGGUCAGCAAGUUAACAGAAUGACAGCUUACGUAGAUGCAUCCAUGAUGUACGGCCAAACUCAAGAAAUGCUGAAAGAAAUUAGGACUUACAUCGACGGAACGCUGAGGACUGGAGAUAAGAAUUUGUCUCCAAACACAACGAACGUCCAGUGUCACAGGGAAAUGGUAAACGCACAUGGCCACACCAACCCUCUCUGUUUCCUAACAGAUUUUCGAGCCAAUGAGCAUCCAGCCUUGAUCAGUCUUCACAUCAUUUUCACCCGCUUACACAACGUCAUCGCUGGCAAUCUUAAGAAAGGCAACCCCGACUGGAAAGACGAACGGUUGUUCCAAGAGUCUAGGAAAAUACUGGGCUCCAUAGUCCAGGUCAUCACCUACAAGGAAUCCCUGCCAGUGCUUCUCGGCGACUCUGUGAUGGAACAGUACGACCUACACUACAACUCAUCGUAUAUUUAUGAUGAAAGUCUGGACGCGUCGAUACUAAACGAGUUCACCACAGCAGCUUUCAGAUACGGGCAUUCACAGGUACCAUCCAAGUACACGAUCGGUAAUGAGAGUGUUACAUUGCAAGAAAUGUUCAAGAACCCGUCGUUUGUUCAGAAAGCUCCAGACAGCGUGACGGAUAUUCUGAAUGGUCUGCUGACAGACGUUGCGAUGAAAGCUGAUAGAUACUUUAGUCUCGGGAUUACAGAUCACAUGUUCGAGGAUGUGAACGACAAAUAUUCUGGAUUAGAUCUUGCUUCCAUCAACAUUCAGCGAGGACGAGACCACGGGCUGCCCCCGUACAACGACUACAGGGUGAGGUGUGGACUACCACGUCUGGAACAACCGAGUGACGGUGGUGGCACUAACAACACAGUGGGCAAAUUUCUUAGUGUUUACAGCCACGUUGAUGACGUCGACCUGUACACUGGGUCACUGUUCGAGACCUCUGAACCAGGUGCGAUAAUCGGCCCAACGUUCCGCUGUAUCUUAGCACUGGGUUUCCGGAAUCUAAAGUUUGGAGAUCGAUUCUGGUAUCAAAAUUCAAAGGGCGUGAAUGCCUUUACACCAGAGCAGAUAUCGGAACUGCAAAAGAUAACCUUAUCCAAAGUACUAUGUCAGACCUCACAUAUCGAGAACGUACAGGCCAGAGCUUUUUUGUCGUCGUCGAUCAUGCAGCGUGCACUGGGUGUUAGUUUGUUGAACGUUGCCUGGCCAGAUAGCAGGCUACGAAACGUCGGUUUACUUCUGGCUCCGUAUUCCCAACCAGCCAUGCUCAAGUUGUGUGUUCUGCUUGCGUUGUCUGUUAUCAACGUCGUGCACGCUGACUACUUCGACGACUACAUCAAAACACCAUUCGAUGAAUUCGGAUUCCCUAUUCUAAGCGACCGUGUCGCCGAGAUGGCAGCAAUGAAGUCUACGAAACUGGGAUAUGGAAUAGGCGAGCUGAGAAAUGGCUUCCACAGCAACCCGUACAACAACGCUUUCAACCGGCGCCGAUACAAGAGAUCACUUGACUUCGUUGAUUUCGAGAAGUUCCCGUCUAACCAGGAUUCGUUCCACCAAGCCUCUCUAACAAACGACGCCUUCGAGCCUCAUGAUCCGUUCCAGACGAACUUCGUCAAGAUCAACGACAGGAUGCCCUUCCUCAAGGACCCAGUGAAGGACCAAAUCCACGAUCCUUCUACGUCAUUCUCCAAUGACCCAUUCCAGGGUCCUGCUACGUCUUUCUCCAAAUUUCCCACUGACUCGCUACCGGCGGCAGUCUCCAGCUUCAACUGCAACGAGGACCCGGUAACUUGCGAUCCCAACGCCAAAUACAGGACGUAUGACGGCCACUGCAACAACGUCAACAACCCUAAGUGGGGAGCGUCGAUGCAGCCCAAUGCCAGAUUGCUGGAUCCACAGUAUUCAGAUAAAUCAGGAAUGCCACGUCUAUACAGUCGAUAUCCGGAUGUUAACGGAAACUACCCAUACCUACCUACACCGAGAUACGUCAGCCGUCGCAUGCUGCUUCCUGAUGACGCCAACAUGACCUUGCCCGACUUCAGCAACAUGUUCCAACAGUGGGGACAGUUCACCGACCACGAUAUAACGGGAACACCAGUCCACUUAAGUAACAGUGGUAAAGAACUGAAAUGCUGUGAAGGAGUUCAUCUCACAGCGGAUAAUCCACAUCAUCCACACUUAUUCCAGGGAAAGCCCUGCUUCCCCAUCUACAUCCCGCCAGGUGAUCGCCACUUCCAGCGCAGCUGUAUGAACUUUGCCCGCUCUCAGGCGGAACCACGAACCCUCAAGUGUGGUGCAGGCCGAAGGGAGCAGAUGAACAUGGUGACAGCGUACCAUGAUGCGUCCCAGGUCUACGGUUCCAGUCGCAAAGACAUGGACAUAUUGCGUGCCUACAAUGGUCUUGGACAACUGAUAGUUGCAGAAAACAAUCUUCUGCCAGAGGACACCAACCAGACUUGUCUGAAGGAACGAUUUGGUGAUUACUGCUUUAAGGCCGGCGACCUUCGAGUGAACGAGCACCCUGGCCUGACGACCAUGCACACCAUGUUCCACAGACAGCACAACCGCAUGGCGGCCAACCUGAAGAUCGUCAACCCAGGCUGGGACGACGAAACCCUCUUCAGCGAGACGAGGAAGAUUAUCGGCGCCAUCAUGCAGCACAUCACCUUCUACGAAUGGCUGCCCAUGCUCCUCGGUCCAGACAUCAUGAACCGACUGGGUCUCUCCGUGAAGGGCAGCGGAGACUUCUCGCACUACGACAAGAACUACGCCUACGACUCGAACAUGAACUCCAGGAUCAUGAACUGUUUCUCCGCGGCCGCAUUCCGGUUUGGACACACUCUGAUUCCCGGAUCUUUCUCCAUGGGUAACAGAAAGGUUCGCCUCCACACGCUCUUCAACAGACCCCGUUUUAUCUUGCAAAACAAAGGCAAUGGCGUCAAUCUAAUGUGCAGAGGUCUUAUUAAGGAUAGCCUUCAGCAUUUCGACAACUUCUUCACGACGUCGAUCACGGACCACCUGUUCGAGGACAUGGAGAUGCUGAGUCUGGACCUGUGUUCCCUGAACAUCCAGAGAGGUCGCGACCACGGCCUGCCCCCGUACAAUGACUUCAGGGAGAAGUGCGGACUCCCCAGGCUCAAGCACUUCGACGAGCUCGUCCAUUUCUACCCCAACCGUGCCGCGCUCCUCCGCCGUGCUUACCAACACGUGGAUGACGUCGAUCUUUUCCCGGGUGCCGUCUCAGAGAAACCCAUUGCCGGUGGCCUGGUUGGCCCCACGUUCGCGUGCAUCAUUGGCGAACAGUUUAGAAGAAUCAAGUUUGGUGACAGAUUCUGGCACGAAACAUCAGACCAGAGAGCUGGCUUCACGGUUGCUCAAAUUAAGGAAAUCAAGAAAAUGUCCUUGGCGAGAAUAAUUUGUGAUAAUACUGACGUCAGUUUCAUCCAGCAUAACGUAUUCCUGCAGCCCGACCCUCUCUUUAACCCACGAGUGGACUGCAAAUACGUACCCGACAUUAACCUGUACGCUUGGGGAUCGGCCGCGGCUCAGAUAUCGAAGUAAAGUCUGUAACAUCAGGGACACGCCGCUUUGUUUUUUGUAAAAUAUCUCUUAUGUCAAAAAGUAAAAAAGGUUGGAGGAAUUUGUUUGCUUUGUUUUAUUCUCUAAAUAAAAGGUUUUGAGAAAA